AUGAACGACGAAUACACCCCCGCCACGGACGAGUCUAUCGAGCGCUGUCCGGCUUGUAACGACCUCCUCUGGGCUGAUGCCGUGCACUGGUGUUCAGCGCGUCCGGUGCACCACCACGACUGGGAGAAUGAUCCGCGCCAUGACCUCGACCAGUUUGGUAUUCGGCCAGAGGGCGGGCAGUGGGGUAAGCGUGGUCCGCCACCUGGUGGGCCUGAUGCGCCGGAUACGCGCGGGCCUGAGAGUGAGAGUGAGAGUGAGAGUGAGGAUGAGAAGAAGAAGAAGCAGGGUGAGGGCAAGGACAAGGGCAACAAGGAGGACAGCGAGCAAGAUGGAGAGCAGGUCAAGUCUCAGCCUGAGCCUGAGCACGAGGCCGACGAUUUCGAGAUCGAGAUCUGA